UCUGUGCUGCUCCUGCUGUGGUGUACAGACCCAGCUGAGCACAUUUCACUGUUAAUGACACUGUUAUAUGGCGGAGCGGCCCUUCAUAGGGGCGGGUGGGAUACGGCUCAGUCACGGAGCGCACGAUGGACCGAAUCGAUCGAGAUUAUCGGUGAACGAUGAUCAAAGCUGCCGUCAGCUCCAGGACGAGGAAACGCAGACGAAGAAAACAGAGAAUGGAAAAAUAAAUGGAUUUGUAGUUGAGGGAGAGGAGACUCCCACUUCCCUUGACCUAGACAGCUCUCUGCACUCAGUGAGCCAAAAUGGUGACAAACUCCUACUAGAAUCCAACUUGAAACCAAAACCCUCUGGACAGCCCCCACACACUGGCCUGAAGGGAGAAAGGAAAGGCAAUAACACUAGUAGAAACAGUAUGGACUGCAAAAAUGACAAGCCCUCAGAGUUGACCACACAUGAGGGCAAAAAAGAGGCCCUGGCAUCUCUAAACGGCUUGGUGACUCUAAACUGUGGGCUACUCACCAAUGGUUUUCCCAGCAAGUCUGGCACGGACAAUGAUGGCAGUGGCUCAGAAAGUGGUUACACCACACCGAAGAAGCGCAGAGCCCAGAGAAACGGUAAAUCUUUGGACAAUGUAACUGCUUCAAGCCAGUUUAAGGCCAUGCAGCAGGCCAGUAAGCAAGAACCAGGGUCGGCCAAUCUAGAACUGUCAGACAGAACCUCAGCGGUGCAGUUGGAAAUCAGCCGAGCCUCCUCGAAGACAGACAGCCAUUCCAGUGGAUUGACAAAAACUAGAGAGGCAACCACUACCCCACCUGUGCUACCGGCGUCUGAGGUUUAUCGGAAAAGUUCUGGGAAAAAAUUUGAGGAUAAAUCCACUAAAACGAAAGUGACCGCAUCAGCUAAAGAGGACUCAUGGACUCUGUUCAAGCCACCACCUGUCUUUCCUGUGGAUAACAGUAGCGCGAAGAUAGUGCCUAAGAUCAGUUAUGCAAGCAAAGUAAAGGAGAACCUCAAUAAGGCAGCCCAGACUGGCACAGAGAUUCCUGCCCCUUCUCCGCAGGUACAUGGGAGGCCAUCGCAGGUGCCCAUGUCAGCUGUAAAAACCAUCACCUCGGCCAGCUUUAGCAAUGGUGACGGCAAUCCCUGCCCUCUGCCUGGUCCCCACUUCACCUCGGUCUCCAGUUCCUCCCCCAUGCCAGUCGUCUCCUCAGCAGGCUCUGAUCAUGUAGCAUCUUCAUCCGGCAGUAGCUGCAAUCCCUCCACCUCAACUACCACCCACGAGCCCAAGAAGCCCAAUCUGUUUGUUUACCCCCUCUCCGCCUCCUCCUCUUCCAAUAUGCAACUUUCUCUCCCCAGCGGCCGUCAGUCUGACCCUCCACCCAAUCAGAAAUCUCUGGGUGACAUUUUCCAAAACCAGUGGGGUUUGUCAUUCAUCAACGAACCUAGCAGCGGUCCCGAAGGUCCGGCAUGCGGCUCGACGGCAAAGGACAAAACCGGUGAGGCGAGCUUACACGGAGGCUCCACUGCUGCUGUGGCAACACAGACACACAGUGCCCCCCAGAGGCCAGAUCAGUCAGCUUUCGCAGACAAACGGACUAGCACUCAGAGCGUGAGUAAAGGAGGAAACCUAACCCUGUCUGUGGCCAUUGAAGGCUCACUUCACUCCUUGAACCUCGAGGUGGAUACGCAAAAGGAUGACCCUGGGGUUUCUGGUGCAAUAGCGUUUUGCUCUUCCUCUAAGGAUAUUGGGUCAGAGCUUCCAUGCAAGUUGUCUCUGCCCAGAGAGCAAAGCUACAUUAAGGGCUUCGAGAGGAGGGCCAGCUGGGACUUUUUUGACCUUAAAGCUGCUGUAGUAUAUCACACUAAAGAAAUGGAAUCUAUUUUGAAUUUGCAAAAGCAAGAUCCAAAUCGCGUAGUGCUCUACAGUGAAUCUAAGAACAGUCCUGAUCAGUGAGGCUCAAUCUGGACACGCCUCUCCACAGCCGGACUCCGCUAAGAAAAAGAUGUGCUUCAAGAAAUCCCGGUCGUAGCCUCCGACUCGGAACAAAGGCCGCUCACGAGACGGAGUGUUUAAAGAGGCUGAGCGCAGACUGGAUAAAACGGGUUGGCUAAUAAUGGACAAGAAACGUGGACCUGGAGCCAAGACGCUCUGCC